UGCCCCGCCCUCUGGUCGCCGGCGGUUGUUGUUCGGCGGCGGCGGCCGCAGCCUGGCUUGCAACCUCGGGCCGCCAGCCCGCCAGCCUACCGGCCGGUCCGCUCAGCCAUGGAGCUGGAGGUGCCGGACGAGGCGGAGAGCGCCGAGGCAGGUGCAGGGACCGUGGAGGCGGCCUGUGCCGAGGAGAGCGGGGAGGCGGCAGGUCUGGCCCCGAAGAAGACGGCCCCAACAGAGGCCCCGUCGGUGACUGGACAGCCGGGCCCUGGCCACGGGAAGAAGCUGGGUCAUCGGGGUGUGGACGCGUCCGGUGAAACCACAUACAAAAAGACCACAUCCUCCACCCUGAAGGGGGCCAUCCAGCUGGGCAUCGGCUACACCGUGGGCAACCUGAGCUCCAAGCCCGAGCGUGAUGUGCUCAUGCAGGACUUCUACGUGGUGGAGAGCAUCUUCUUCCCCAGUGAAGGCAGCAACCUCACGCCCGCCCACCACUUCCAGGACUUCAGGUUCAAGACCUACGCGCCCGUCGCCUUCCGCUACUUCCGGGAGCUCUUCGGGAUCCGCCCGGACGAUUACCUGUACUCACUGUGCAACGAGCCGCUGAUCGAGCUGUCCAACCCCGGCGCCAGCGGCUCCCUCUUCUACGUCACCAGUGACGACGAGUUCAUCAUCAAGACAGUGAUGCACAAGGAGGCCGAGUUCCUACAGAAGCUGCUGCCCGGCUACUACAUGAACCUCAACCAGAACCCGCGGACGCUGCUGCCCAAGUUCUACGGGCUGUACUGCGUGCAGUCGGGGGGCAAGAACAUCCGUGUGGUGGUGAUGAACAACAUCCUGCCGCGCGUGGUCAAGAUGCACCUCAAGUUCGACCUCAAGGGCUCCACGUACAAGCGGCGGGCCAGCAAGAAGGAGAAGGAGAAGAACGCCCCCACCUACAAGGACCUGGACUUCAUCCAGGACAUGCCCGAGGGACUCAUGCUGGAUGCGGACACCUUCUCUGCGCUGGUCAAGACGCUGCAGCGGGACUGCCUGGUGCUGGAGAGCUUCAAGAUCAUGGACUACAGCCUGCUGCUGGGCGUGCACAACCUCGACCAGCAGGAGCGGGAGCAGCGGGCCCAGGGCGCCCGGAGCACCGCGGACGAGAAGCGGCCGCUGGGCCAGAAGGCGCUCUACUCCACAGCCAUGGAGUCCAUCCAGGGUGGUGCCGCGCGCGGGGAGGCCGUUGAGGCGGAUGACACGAUGGGCGGGAUCCCUGCCGUGAACGGCCGCGGGGAGCGUCUGCUGCUGCACAUCGGCAUCAUCGACAUCCUGCAGUCCUACAGGUUCAUCAAGAAGCUGGAGCACACCUGGAAGGCUCUUGUCCACGACGGGGACACCGUCUCUGUCCACCGACCCAGCUUCUAUGCCGAGCGCUUCUUCAAGUUCAUGAGCAACACGGUCUUCCGGAAGAACUCCUCUCUGAAGUCGUCGCCAUCCAAGAAGGGCCGCGGUGCCUUGCUGGCCGUCAAGCCCCUGGGGCCCACGGCUGCCUUCUCGGCCAGCCAGAUCCCCUGCGAGCCGGAGGAUGUGCAGUACGACCUGCGGGGGGCCCGCAGCUACCCCACGCUGGAGGACGAAGGCCGGCCCGACCUCCUGCCCUGCACCCCGCCCUCCUUUGAGGAGGCCACCACGGCUUCCAUCGCCACGACCCUGUCCUCCACAUCCCUCUCCAUCCCGGAGCGCUCCCCCUCAGAGACGUCGGAGCAGCCCCGGUACCGGCGGCGCACGCAGUCCUCCGGGCAGGAUGGCCGGCCCCAGGGGGAGGCGCCCGCAGAGGACCUGCAGCAGGUCACGGCACAGGUGGAGCCCACAUGCAGCGUGGAGAUCGUGGUUCCCGAGGGGGACGCAGGUGCCGAGGCUUCCCUAGCCUGCGCAGCCACCAUGGAAGUGGAAACCACCAGCCAGGCCUCAGAGCCCGCCAGCCAGGCCUCGGACGAGGAGGAUGCACCCGCCACUGACAUUUACUUUCCCACCGAUGAGAGGAGCUGGGUUUACUCCCCGCUUCACUAUAGCGUGCAGGCCCACCUGGCCUCCGACGGCGAGAGCGACACCUAGUUUCUAUGCUGCCGCCCUGCUCGGUCCAGAGCCCGGGAGAAGCCCGCCUCGCCGCUGCCCGACCGCGCGCCCACGCCCUCCCCUCGCCACCGCCGGGCUGCAGAGCGACGGGCGCGCGCCCGGCCCCAGCUUCCCUCGACUACCUAGCCUGUGAUACUGUGAACCUUCGUGAGUUUCCAGUCACGUAUUUAUUUCGGGUCCUUACUCUUUGCACAGAGACAGCAGCACACAAGUGCUUUUUUAGAAAAGGAAAAAGGAAAAAAAAAUAUCAGGAAAGAAGAAAGAAACUCCAUUCCACUGUGCUUGUCGGCUCUUUGCUGCGCCUGCACGUGCGGAGCGGGGGGACCAAGGCCUGUGGGCCGUGAGGGCCUGCCCGGUUCACCCACCCUGCCCUCCACCGCGGACAAGCGCCCUGGAGGGAGAGUUCCCGGGGCACGUGCGGAGACUGCCCGGCAGACGGCCUCGGCUCGGGCUUGUGGGCUGGGCACCAGACAUCCCCCUCAGGUGCAGCUGGCUGGGGGCCUUUGGGCAGCUGCCCACCCUGCUGGCCCCUGUGAUCUCUCAGCAUCUGUCUCCCACCAUCGCCACCUCCCAGGUGACUUGUGAGCGGGAGCUGCCAGGUGGACGUGGCCACCCCCUCUCCCUGGAGCCCAGGCUGUGGACUUCCCCCAAGUGGACCGCUCAGUAUCCAGAGGGGGCCCAGCCAAGGGAGGGGGCGGCCGGGCCACAGACCAUGGGGCCUCCAGAGAGCAGACGCCCCCGUGAGCGCCCCCAGGACUGUGGCAGGCAUCUGCUCUUUUUCAAGUGAUGGUGACUCUUGUGCCAGGGAAAGGCCGGGAGGAGAUAUUCAUGAAACAUGCUUUUUUUUGGGUUUGUCAUAUUCAACAGUGACAGCCACCCUGUGCCCAUUGCCCCAUGGGGUGGCCGCCAGGGCCCCGCCGUGUCCAGAGGCUUCGCAGGGGCUCUGCUGCCUGCACAGAGCCGCAGGCCCACCUCCAGAGAGGUGACUUGCAGUGAUUUCCCCUGCCCGCUCUGUGGACCACCACGGGGGUAGGGCGCCCGGGCAUUGCUGCAGUGGAGGCCGCAUCCUCUGCGAAAAUUCCUCCCCAGCCCCUGUUCUCCAGUGAGCCCCAGGGAGCUGGGAAGGCCACUGGCCCAGGCAUGGGAGAUGUUGAGUCUGCCGCAAGCUGCACACAUGCUGCUCUGCCCCAGGAGAUCUGCUGGCCUGGCUGCGUCCUUUCCCCUGGAGAACCAGGCUGCUUGUGGGCAGGGCUGCCGGGACGCCAGCACAUGGCCCCAGGGAGGUGCCCCGAGGACCCUCAGAAUGACCCUGCAGGCGUCCAGACUAGCAAAGCCUUGUCCCCUCCCUCCUGCCGAGGAGCAUUUGUCCAGACCCCGGGAAGCAUCCUGGCCUGCAUUUCAGACGGCCUCUGUGGGCAGGCACCCCAGCCACACGGCCCUGAGCUGCUAGUCUGUCCCUGCCUGUUCCCACCAGCAGGGAGUGGUCUGAGCAGGCAGAGGUCAAGGAGAAUCUGGGACCUCCGUGACUAGCAGGGUGGCUGUGCCACCUAUAUGCUGAUGUUGGCUGGCACCAGGGACUUGGUGUGCCCAUGGGGAUGACCAGAGCCGCAGGCAGGCAUGGUCCUGAGGCUGUGGGACCCCCGCCUAGGGUGCCCUCAGCCACCUGCAGCUUCAAGAGCGAAGAGAAGAGCUGCCUGCGAAGUCCAUCAGCCCUUCCUGAGUGAACCAUGGAAAAAAGGCGUCAAUUGGAUACUGACCUGUAGGAGAAAUGUGCAAACCUGGAUGUUACAGCGUUUCUGUGCUUGUAUUCAGUCACCCAGACCCUUUUGAGGACCUGUUGUGUGUUGGCUGCAUUCUUUGUCCCUUUUCAGAGAUCUGUCACAUGGAUGCUAAGUGGUCCACAAACUGUGCCGAUGGGAGGUGUUUGCUCAUUUUCCAGGCAGGGCGAGAAGGCCAGACCUUAUUUAUAAUGUGUUAGCGAAUUCAUGGCCUUCCCCGGGUCCUGGGUGAGGAAGGCAGGGGCCCACCCAGCUGCUGCUGCCCCCGGGAUAGAAGUCUGUACAUUCCCUGGUGACUCAUCUCUGGCUGUGGUCACCCAGAACAUGAGCAGGGUCUGGACUGUUGUGCUGCCCUCCAUCCUCUGCCUCCUCACCACCCUGGCCUCGGCUACCCAGCUCAGUGCAAUACCCCCGUCCCCCAUGGGGUCCUUUGCCAUGGUACUGCCACCGCAGCCCCCUCAGUCCCUGCCCCAGGACAAGUGUCCUCCACCAUCUUUCUCUGGGGGACCAAUUGCAUUGCCUGCCCCACCCCGAUCUCGUUUUUAUGGCCGAAUUGAUUUCAAAACACAACAAGACUGCAAACAUUGUGUGUCUUACUUCUCCCUGGGGGUCACGCGUGCUCAGCCCCGUGGUCUGGUAUGUGACAAUCCAGAGCCUGGCCUCUUUGGCCACAGGAUGCCGGCUCGCUCAAACCCAGAGCCGGGGUGCCUCCCUAACCGUGCAGCCCCUGCUGGCCCCAGUAGCACUUGAAUGCAGCCUCAGACCUCUGCCCCCAACCCCCUCCCUCUUUUUACGUUGAGGAGACCUCUCUAAUAAAUCGGUUAAUAAGCAUCAGUCCA